AAAAAAACGCACGGGUCGAAUCUGAGUGUUCGAUCGGAUGUCACAUCAGUUUACAACUAAAUCUGUCGCGUCACAGUCGACGAUGCUGCGCGUCCGUCCAUUCCUGUCAAGCCGCAAGGCCGCUAUCACGCUCCUUCCUCGCGCCACGACCUCGCGCUUCUUCACCGACGACGCGACCAAAAAGAACGACCGGUUGCUCGUCAUGACGAACGGCGGCGUCGCAAAACACUCGCACCUCCUCCUCGGUCUCAUGAACAAAUUGUCGUACACAUUUCCGUCUGUGGGGUACUUUCGCCCUGUGGCGCCCAACUUUCACUCGACCCACGGGGACCACCACGUGGAUCUCAUCCGCAGCGAGUUCAAGAUCAAGGAUGAGCCGUACCAACUGGUGGGCAUGACGCAAGCCGACAUCACCCACGCACACCUCGAAGGCGACACGGACUCUGUGAUUGACACGAUGCUGUCGAAAUUCGAAUACUUGCGCGAGAAGCACGACUUUGUCGUGAUGGAAGGCGCGGUGCUGGACACGUCCCCCGAACUGUCUUGGGAGCUCAACGUGGACAUCGCCAAGUCGUUGAACGCCCCCGUCCUCUUGACAGUGGAUGCCGACGACUUGACUGUGGACCCGGCCCUCCACUGGACCGCCGCCGAGUCCGUGGCGUGGCUCGCAGACCAAAUCACCACACGCGUGCUGCUAGCCAAGGACAUGGCACACGCAGAAGGGCUGACACAUGUGGGCACGAUUGUCAAUCGCGUAAAGACGGAUGACGCGCUCGAGUUGCGCGACUUGGUGCACGCGCAGAUCAAGGCGCGGGGGUUCGACCCGACAAAGCUGCUGGGAAUUUUGCCGUUGGACCCGGUGCUCAACUCGAAGCGAUUGAACGAAGUGGUGGCCCAGCUCCACGCCAAGCAGCUGUACGGCAACCCCAUGUCCAACUCGGUGGUCGUCACAGACGGCCUCAUGGCCACGACCGAGCUCAAGGACUUAUUCAAGCACAUCAACAAGCACGACGACGGACUUCUCGUGAUUGUCUCGUCUGAACGCACGGACGUGAUCCUCGGGCUCUUGGCCAGUCGCUUGUCGGGGGCGCUGCCGCAGAUUUCUGGCAUCAUCUUGACCAACGGUGGCAUCCCCCAGAACGAAUGCCAAGACAUUUUGAUAGGCCUUGCUCAGAUCGACAAGGCGUCGGUGCCAAUCUACUCGGUCGAGUUGGAUUCGUACAGGACGGCCAUUGCAUUAAGCAAAGUCACAUGUGACAUUUUGCCCACGAGUCAAAACAAGAUCCAGCAAGCUUACAUUUUGUUUGACACGAACGUUGAAAGCGACGAGCUAUUGAGCCAUCUCAUUGAACGGACCGGCGGCCACGGGCGCACCCCCAAGCAAUUCAAGCACUUUCUCUUUGAAGCGUCUCGCAAAGCAGACCAGCACAUUGUGCUCACGGAAGGCGAAGACGAUCGUAUUUUGCAGGCGGCGGACGAAGUGCUACGCCGCGGAAUUGCGCGCCUGACCAUCUUGGGUGACGUCGAGUCGAUCAAUGCACGCGCCAAGACCCUUCGCCUCGAUCUGUCCCAGGCGACGCUGCUCGACCCGUCCAAGGCCGACAAACUGGCCACGUACGCAGACCAUUACUUCGAAAAGCGAAAGUCCAAAGGCAUCACCCCCGAGCUCGCCAAGGAAACCGUCGGCGAAGCGACGUACUUUGGGACGGUCAUGGUGGACUUGGAUGACGCGGAUGGGAUGGUGUCGGGCGUGUGCCACACCACCGCCAACACGAUUCGCCCAGCGCUGCAGCUGAUCAAGACGCGGCCAGACAUUCCACUCGUGUCGAGCGUGUUCUUCAUGUGUUUGGAGCACGACGUGGUGCUGUACGGCGACUGCGCCGUGAACACGGACCCCACUGCCCAACAACUGGCGCAAAUUGCAGUGCAAAGUGCCGAGUCCGCUGUCGCGUUCGGCAUUGAGCCUCGCGUGGCGCUGCUGUCGUAUGCCACGGGCGACUCGAACAAGGGACCGAUCAUCGACAAAGUGCGGGAAGCCACCAAGUUGGCGCAAAGCAUGGCCCCUGGGGUGUCCAUCUACGGCCCCAUCCAGUACGACGCCGCGACCAACCCGUCAAUUGCCAAGCAAAAGGUCAAGGGUCUCAAGCAGUCCGAGAUGGAAGUGGCAGGACAUGCCAACGUGCUCGUGUUCCCCGACUUGAACACGGGCAACAACACAUACAAAGCGGUACGAGUGUGAAGCGAGGACAUUUCAAAUAUGUGCUAUUGUUCCUGUGAUGACAUUUCAAAUAUGUGAAAUUAAAUUCGUUUCGUAGGUCCAACAAUCCACCGACUGCUUGGCCAUUGGUCCCAUGUUGCAAGGGCUGAAUAAGCCCGUGAACGACUUGAGUCGAGGGGCCACCGUCGGCGACAUUGUCACCACCGUCGCCCUCACGGCCAUCCAAGCCAAGCAGAGCAAAAACUAAUCGUUAAUCGCCAUACUCACAGUGGGCAAAUACAAAUUCUAAUUUUCAAUCAUUUGGUCAACGUCUCGUAGAAACUUCCAACAUUGAUUUC